GAACGAGAAGAACCACCACUUUCCAGAACAAGCCGCGUAGUGUAGAGCCGACGACGGCAGGUCUUUCCCUUCUCCAUUGAAACACGAGUAAUGGCUGCUGUGGGCGUUGACAGGAAGCAAGCCGAUACGGUGGCGCCAGAGAUGUGCACGGUCAAAGCUGGGGCCAAGCAAGGAGAAGGCCUCAGACAAUACUAUCUCCAGCAAAUCCACGAGCUCCAGCUUCAGGUCCGUCAGAAAACUGAUAACCUCAAUCGCCUUGAAGCCCAGCGCAACGACCUCAAUUCCCGCGUAAGAAUGCUCAGAGAAGAACUGCAGCUGCUUCAGGAGCCUGGAUCGUAUGUUGGUGAGGUUGUGAAAGUUAUGGGUAAAAAUAAGGUCUUAGUUAAGGUUCAUCCAGAAGGGAAAUAUGUUGUUGAUAUUGAUAAAAGCAUUGAUAUCACAAAAAUCACACCAUCAACCAGAGUUGCCCUCCGGAAUGAUAGCUAUGUUCUUCAUUUGAUCUUGCCGAGCAAAGUAGAUCCCUUGGUUAACCUCAUGAAAGUUGAGAAGGUUCCAGAUUCUACAUAUGACAUGAUCGGUGGGCUUGAUCAACAAAUCAAGGAGAUAAAAGAGGUCAUAGAGCUUCCAAUCAAGCAUCCUGAGUUGUUUGAGAGUCUUGGAAUAGCACAACCUAAGGGUGUCCUGCUAUAUGGUCCACCAGGUACAGGGAAAACUUUGUUGGCCAGAGCUGUGGCCCAUCACACUGAUUGUACUUUUAUCAGGGUUUCUGGUUCUGAAUUAGUUCAGAAAUAUAUUGGAGAAGGUUCAAGAAUGGUCAGAGAACUUUUUGUUAUGGCCAGGGAGCAUGCUCCAUCCAUUAUUUUUAUGGAUGAGAUAGACAGUAUUGGAUCUGCUCGAAUGGAAUCUGGGAGUGGCAAUGGUGACAGUGAAGUGCAGCGUACUAUGUUGGAGCUCCUCAACCAACUUGAUGGAUUUGAGGCAUCUAACAAGAUCAAGGUUCUGAUGGCCACAAACCGGAUUGAUAUCCUGGAUCAAGCACUUCUUAGACCUGGACGUAUUGACAGGAAAAUUGAAUUUCCAAAUCCUAACGAGGAGUCUCGCCUGGAUAUCUUAAAGAUACAUUCAAGAAAAAUGAAUUUGAUGCGUGGGAUUGAUUUGAAGAAGAUUGCUGAGAAGAUGAAUGGUGCAUCUGGUGCUGAGCUUAAGGCUGUGUGCACAGAAGCAGGAAUGUUUGCUUUAAGAGAAAGGCGGGUUCAUGUAACACAGGAGGAUUUUGAGAUGGCAGUGGCCAAGGUAAUGAAGAAGGAGACAGAGAAGAACAUGUCCCUUCGGAAGCUGUGGAAGUGAUUGUGGAAUUUAUGCUGUAUUGUAUUUUCCUCUGUGGAAUGGGACAUAUGAACACGCUUUAUAAGGUUAAACAAGCAUAGUUCUCACACAAAAAGGAUUCCUCUAUAUGUGAUUCCCAUUUUUUUUCCUUCAAACUGGCCAUUCUUGAUUGCUUAAGCAAUACCUGUAGUUUUUAGUUUUUAAUCUAAACGCACACUUGUUAGCCUAAGAUGGAAUAUAGGAUCAAAACUUGA